CAUUUUUUGUGCAACUAAUUAAAACUCAAAACCUCUACAACAAUUAACCAAGUAACGAGUGAAGAAUAUUAAUAUCCAAAGAACAUAAUAAAGUUCCUACAAUUAUGAAUAUGGCUGAGAAGAUAGAGAAGCCUUUGCAUAUAGCAAUGUAUUCCUGGUUUGCCUUUGGCCACCUUACAUCUUUCCUUCAACUAGCCAAUAAGUUAGCUCAAAGAGGUCAUAAAAUCUCAUUUUUCCUCCCUACCAAAACCCAACAAAAACUAACACCUCACAACCACCACCCUCACCUUAUCACCUUCAUUCCGAUCGCGGUUCCGGCUGUCGAAGGGCUUCCUUCUGGGGCUGAGACAACGGCUGAUGUCCCAUAUGAGGCGCGGUCACUUAUCAUGGCUGCUAUGGACUUGACACAGGACACCAUUGAGUCCUUGCUUUCUCAACUCAAGCCUGAUUUAGUUUUCUUCGACUUUACCGAGUGGCUACCUAAUGUGGCUCGUAAACAUGGGGUUAAGUCCGUGUACUAUGCCACAUUGCUUGCAGUUAGUGGGGCCUAUUUCUUGCCCCGAGCAAGGGCUCAACUUGGCGGCCGUGAUCUAACUCGGCCGCCUCCUGGAUUCCCUCCCUCCAAGUCCAUGAUCACAUUGCGAGACCAUGAGGCUCGCGCUGUGGGGUAUGCUGUGACUCAGAUGGAAUUUGGAGGGCCAGGGAAGAUGAUGCUGCAAAGGCAUGCCGUUGCUUUAGAAGCAUGUGAUGCCUUUGCAGCCAAGAGUUGUAGGGAAAUGGAAGGGGAUUAUUGUGAUUUUGUUUACAAUGUGUAUAGAAAGCCCUUGUUGUUGGCUGGGCCAGUUGUGCCGGAACCACCAGCAGCUAGGCUAGAUGACAAGCUUAAUGCGUGGCUGAGCAGCUUCGCUAAGGAUAGUGUGAUCUAUUGUGCACUAGGGAGUGAAUGCUUUCUAAGUAAGGACCGGUUUCAAGAGCUGCUUCUUGGACUAGAGCUCACAGGUAUGCCAUUUUUGGCCGCCUUGAAGCUACCAAUUGGCUAUGAAACAAUGGAGCAUGCUUUACCAGAAGGGUUUGAAGAGAGAACAAAAGGAAGAGGAAUUGUUCAUGGUGAUUGGGUCCAACAACAACUAAUCCUUCAACAUCCUUCAGUUGGGUGUUUCGUGACGCAUUGUGGAGCAGGAUCUUUAUCUGAAGCUAUGGUGAGUAAUUGCCAAUUGGUACUAUUUCCUCAGGUAACUGAUCAAUUCAUCAAUGCUAGAUUCUUGAGUUUGGACUUGAAAGUUGGAGUUGAAGUUGAGAUAGGAGAGGAUGGUAUUCUCACCAAAGACGGAAUUUGUAAGACAAUUAAGGUAAUAAUGGACCCAAAGAGUGAGGUAGGAAGGGAAGCAAGGAUCAAUCGUGUAAAAUGGAGAGAUUUUUUAUUGGCAAAAGGGCUUGAAGCCUCUUACAUUAGUGGCUUUAUUCAGAAUCUACGAGGUCUCGUUGGAUGAAUUUUAGGAUUAUGCAUUUUAAUUUAUUUCGUCGUUGAUAAAGUAAGGACUCCAUGUUGGUGGCUCUUUACUUAAGUUUGCAAUGUUUUUUAAAUAUUUUGGGUUAUGUAUUUUUCUAAAAGGAAGUAUUGUGGGCCUUGUUAACAUUUGAAUUUUUUUUUUUAAAGGAACUCACAAAGGGGAGAUUACUUCACUAAAUCGGAACGAUCAUUAACAAGAAAAUUAGGAAAAUCACUAUCCCAAAUGUUCUCAAUCAACUCCAUAGGAAUUUGAUGAGCUAAAUUAUGGGCUACCUUAUUACUCCUAUGAUUAACAUAUGAUAGGUUGUCAUACACCUCUUAAAAAUAAAUCCUAGCAAAUCUUCUAACAAUAUCGUAGGGUAAGUAGGAUCGAAUCCGCAAGGAGAUGGUUAUUUUAAUUCGGCUUUCAAGUUUGAAAAAACUAAACAAAAUCGCGGGUUUGGAAUUGAUAGAAUUAACUAAUGAAAACAAUGAAA